AUGGAGGGGCAGCGCGCCAGUUAUGGGGCGCAGCACGUCCCGGGUCUCACGGACCAACGCUUCGAGGGGCAAAUUGUGAGGUAUUUGCCCGACAAGGGCUACGGCUUCAUCAGGUGUCAAGAGUUGCGACAAAGUCGCUAUCCCGACCGGGAUAUAUUUCUGCAUCAGAAGCAGCUGGGGAACUUCAAAGAGGGCGACGCCGUGAGCUUCGGGAUCCUGCUGAAUCGCGACGGCAAGCCCACGGCCACCGAGCUUGCCUACUUGAACGGUGGCGGCCAGCAACAACAACAGCAGCCGCAGCAGUACCAGCAGCAGUACGACCAGCAGUACCAGCAGCAGUACUCGCAACAGUACCAACAGCAGCCGCAGCAGCAGCAACAGUACGAGCAGCAGUACCAACAACAGUACCAGCAGUACCCACCGCAGUACCAGCAGCAGUCGCAAGACCACUAUGGCAUGCAGGGCAUGCAAGCUUUUGGUGGCCAGGAACAGGCGGCCGCCUGGGAGCCGCAGGAGGAAGAAGGCACUCACGAAGUGGAAGUGCCCAAGGAUGUGGUGUCCCAGCUGGAGGGAGGCCGACUGCAUCAAUUGAAGCAGAUGGCUGGUGGUGAUAUCCAAAUCGCCUUCCAGACGAAGCCCGAUCAUGGGAACGCCGUGGCCGUGAUUCGAGGGCCGCAGGCACAUGCCAGUCUGGGUGCCAUCCUGGUGAUGCAGGAGCUUUGCGACCUGGUUCAGAUCCCCGUGUGA